AUUUAGUUGACACUUGGCAGCUUUGUAAUUUUUACAUAAACAUUGAAGCAAAAAUACUUAUGAAAAUCUCUAUUUUGUAUAGGUGCGGAUUAAUAAUUGAUUUUAAUGUGACUUCGUGAAAUGCUAAAGUAGCCAACAAUCUGAAAAGUGAAUGCUUCCUACUCCUACAGCAAGAAAAACAAACUAACCUGUCAUUCGUCAAAAUGAAUUAUGUGGAGAAUAUUCCGAAAUGUAAAAUUCAUGGUUUUUAUUAACCAUUUUACUGUUCUUCCAGUUGCCAGCGAAUUUGCAGAGGCGAUGCAAAAAUUCUCCAGGAAGGAAUUUAAAAGGUACGGUACGGGAGCCUCCAAUGGGCAAUUGUCUGACUUGCAUCAAGGAGCCUGCACAGACGGCCCACGAAGAUACCACACCACAUUGUCAUAAGGAAGAAAUGAGUGACGCUCGCCUGUACCCAGCACCAAGUCACAUACCGUCGUCUUGCGCCCCACCAGAGACAAUUUUGAGCAACGGCAACCACCUGUCUGCACCGCCCGAAGCGGGCGGCACUAUAAUUCGCUUCUAUCCAGCCAAUCGCAGGACACACGCCAAAUCAGCGCUUACAAUGGGCGUGGCCGAUAGCAAACCGUCGGAAGCCAAACUGACGGCUCUUUUCGAGCAGUACAAAGACGAGAAUGACGAUAGCAUUCUGGCGGAAGGGAUCGAGAGGCUCUGCCAAGAUCUGCAAAUAUCCCCGGACGACUUCAAGAUCCUAGUACUCGCUUGGAAGUUGAAUGCAGAACAGAUGUGCCGGUUCACGCGGUCAGAGUUCGUGAACGGUUUGAAAAGCAUUCGCGUAGACUCGAUUAAGUCGAUACAGUCGAGACUGCCAGAUUUAGUGAAUGAAGUAGAACAGAACGAUGACCAAUUCAAAGACUUAUAUCGGUUCACGUUCCGGUUUGGUUUAGAUUCAGCUACAGGGCAGCGCAUCCUAGCUACGGACAUGGCAGCACUUCUCUGGAAACUAGUUUUCACGAUUCGGGAACCUCCGAUUUUAGCGCGAUGGCUGAACUUCUUGGAUACACAUCCCAUGAUUCGUGGCAUACCCAAGGACACUUGGAACAUGUUCUUGAAUUUCUCUGAACAUGUGGGCAACGAUCUAAGCUGUUACGAUGACAACGAGGCGUGGCCGAGCUUGUUCGAUGAUUUUGUAGAGUACGAAAACGAUCAAGUCAAUCAGAAUAUCACAAAAAAUAAGGAUAAGGGAUGUGGUGAUCUUGUCAUAACAAAGGAUUGAUGACGGUUGUUGUGUGAUAGCAUAUUCGAAACAGUAGUAACUGCCUGAGUAUUUUAUAAGUCAGAUGAAUUGUCGUGAUAUUAAUAUGUAGAUGUUUUGUGAAGGCUUAUGAACAAUGUAAUAUUGGUCUAGAUAAUAACUUCACUGCCAUUACAAAAAUUUUGCGAUACUUUCAGGAAUGUCGCUCAAAAAAGCUCGAUUUUACUAAGACUAAGUUUUCAACAUGUACCUGGCUAAUCUAAUAAUUAAAAGAAAUUAAUGGAAACCCCCAACAUAAUAAUUACUUUUCUGAAAAGGAACAUGUUUAAUAAAUAAUCACUGGAGAAUCUAUCAUACUCAAUUAACUUUAACUCCACAGUGUUAACAAAUAUAUACACUACCACUCAAAAGUUUUGGGACAGCAGAUUUUUUGAGGAAAAUCAAACCAAAUCAAGCAAUAGAGUGUGUUUAAUCAAAAAAAUAAGAAAGGAGCUAUUUUCCACAGUUAGUUGGUAACUUAUUUCUAUCAAAAUUUUCUUUAAACUUGUGAUUCAUCGAAAUGUCCACCACGAGCCCGAAUAACUGCAUGACAGACACGACUCAUCCGACGUAUCAAAUUUUUCAAGAAUAGUUGGUGAUAAGGAUACCCACACUUCCUGCACUAGUAGGCUCUUGUUGCUUCACCUGUCUAUCCAAUUCAUCCCACUGAUACUCAAUAGAAGACAAAUCUGGGGACUGGGAAGGCCAUGUCGUGAUUUUCAUUGCACCAAGUUCUUGCUGCUGAUCCAAAUAAUUGCGGCAUAGUCGAGAUGAAUGCUCAGGGUCGUUGUGUUGCUGAAAUUCUAAAUUGUUUCCAACAAUCCUUUGUCCUGAGGGAACAGCGUGGUUUUCCAAUAUUUCCAAAUUCUGCUCUUUUCGCAUUAUACCCUCAAUACGAACCAAACCUCCUAUUCGAAAACAGUCCCAAACCAUUACCCUCUCACGUCCAUGUUUAGCAGUGGGCUGCAAACAUUGCGGAGCCAUGCGUUUAUGGGGUUGGCGGCAUACAAACUGUCGUCAUCGAGAUCCGAAUAUUUCGAAUUUGGAUUUAUUCGACCAAAGGACUCGAUUCCAAUCGUCAGUGGUCCAAUCUUUGUGUUUUCGAGUCAAUGCUAACCGGUUGAGUUUAUGUAUAGGUCGCACAUGCUCUUUGUAAGCGGCGUUUUACCGUGAACAUGGACACAGGGUUUUCCCUCGUUCUGUUCAAGCUGUGUGUGAGUUCAGGCGAAAUGAACUGUCUAUUUGGCUUAUUUGUUAUUACUAUAAACCUAUCCUCAGGAACAGUUGCAACUCUGCGUCUUCCAGAGCGAAAUUUGAGACACAGUGUUACGUCCCAAAUGCAGCUUUUCAGCAAUAGAUCGAAUUGGUAAUCCCUCAUCACGUAAGGUACAUACUGCACCCCGUUUUUCAAGAGAAUCGUUACCCGUCUUUACAAUUUUCCAUUAUUUUGAAAAAAUCUGACCCUAGCACAUCGACUAGUAGUUUAUACUAAACUACGUACAAUUUUUACCUUGUUUUAUUGAUAUCCAGAAUGUUUAUGUAUCACAUUACGCCGAACAUAUUAUUUAUGACUGCAAUGAACUAAUAAAAAUAUCGGCGUCUCUAAAGAUGUUUACAUGUAUUCCCUUUUAAGUGGUUUUUCACUGAUUCUUAUACAUCUUUAGCUUGAGUAGUCGUAUCAUAGAUGGUAAUAAUCAAUCAAUGUCAUAUAACUUUUAGGCAGCAGCGGUGGCCGCAGUAGUAGACUCUUCGGUCUCCUGAUCAGUCGCCGUGCGCUGUGCGGGU